AUGAACCCUAGAUCAAAACCCGAUUCAGCGACGGUGUUGUCCUCCUAUCCAGAUUCUGGUGGCCUUGGGUGUGGCUAUGUGAUGAAUAGAUGGGGCUUCGCAGUGGGUUCGGUAUCAAUGGCACUUGGAGAUGGUGUCGCGGAUGAGAGAUUGAGUCCCAGAGUUGCGUCUUUGCAAAAGCUGGUGGAGUGGAGGGUUGUUGCGGGAGACACAGUUCAGGGGGAUGCAGGAAGUGCGGUGGAAAAGGUAAACUUAUGUAACAAUUCAUGUCCUCGGUGGCUAGCUAUUGUUCUCCCAUCAAUGAUUGAACUUUCUCAUAUAGGUUGUUUACAUUUCCUCUUCCCACAGUCAUCAAGGGACACCAUUUCAUUUAUUAUUAACCGUCGCAAAUGCUUUCUUAACAAGGAAAAAGUUGAUCAGAAUUUUCAUAGUUACCCUCCAUUACUUUCAUAUCUUGAAGCUCUGCCUCCAACAUAUGUUAAUGAAAAAGAUAUAUGUAAAAAUUUGAGUGAAGAUGGUUCGUUGUUUCAAUCUCCCUCGGCCACCGCAAAAGCAUUCAUAGAUUAUGGAAACAAAAAAUGCCUAGCUUAUUUACGCUCCUUGGCACAAAGAUGUCCAAAAGAAGUUCCACAAUCAUAUCCAAUGGAUGAGGACCAUAUAAAGUUAUGCAUUGCUAACCAAUUACAUAGGUUUGGAUUGGGACAGUACUUUGUAAGAGAGAUUGAAGUGCUUUUGACACAAGUUUAUAGGAAAUAUAACAAGGAGAAAGAUAUACGGUUCUUACGGACACAUGGAUUCAAAGUAUCACCAUUAUACUUUUGUUGGUUUCUAAAUCAUGAAGAACUUAAAGCUGAGAUCGAGAGAGAUUACGAGCACUUCUCCAAUGCAAUGCUUCACGUCUUCAGAGCCUCAAACUUAAUGUUCUGUGGAGAAUAUGAACUCGAGGAAGCUAGAACUUUUUCUAGGAAAAUACUUGAGAAAAACGUUUCAACAGGAAAAGGAGCCUUAUUUCAAAAGAUAGAGCACGAGUUGAGUUUUCCAUGGUUUGCUCGGUUGGAUCAUUUAGAGUAUAGAGGGUGGAUACAAGAAACAGAAGCUAGUGUUUUAUGGAAAGGAAACACAUCAUACAACAGGGUAUCAGGUCUUUAUAACGAUGAAUUGCUACAACUUGCAACUCUAAACUUUGAGUUUAAGCAAUUGAUAUACAAAAAUGAGCUUACGGAACUUAAGAAGUGGGUUGAAAAGUGUGGUAUGAGUAAUAUGGGAUUUGGCAGAGAAAAAAGCACUUAUUGUUACUUUGCUGUUAAUGCUAGUUUAACAUCAGUCCCUCAUGAUUCUUACGUACGAAUACUCAUAGCUAAAACUGCAAUUAUAAUCACAGUUAAUGAUGAUUUCUUUGACACUGUUGGUUCUCUCAAUGAACUAGAAAUCCUCACAGAAGCAGUUCAAAGAUGGGAUGCAAGAGGCCUAAGCAGCCACAGCAAAGUUAUAUUUGAUGCACUUGAUAGUCUUCAACUUAUAAGAUCUAUGGUACGAGACUUUCCUGUCAUGGCUCAUAGAUGCAAACUGGAGCAAAAAUGGACACAAACCAUCUAUUGA